CUGCGCAGCAGCCCAGGAGGUCCGACUCCGAAGGAAACCGGAGUUGCAUCUAUUCUCUGCUCUCCCGAAUUAUCUCUUCCACUACAGGGAAAGACGUACCGAGGAAAAUGCGCAAGCAACCCACGGCUAACCCUAGAUGCGAGUCUAAUUCCUGAGGCGACCCUAAAGACACAACCGCGUUGGGAGAAUCAUGGCUAACCGUGGAAUUCAACUGUUCCCAUUGAUAUACAUACUCUCAUAGAGAUGUCUACAAAGCUCAUUGUUGUUACGAACGCUACAGGCAAGCAAGGUAGCUCUGUGGUCAAUGCCCUGCUUUCCGACUCCAAAUAUGUUGUGCGAGGCUUAACGAGGAACCUCACUUCUGCUGCAUCCCAAGCUCUCGCAGCAAAGGGUGUUGAAAUGGUUCAGGUAUCAGUCAUGGAUCCGAACGGUCUUCCUGCAUCCUUCAAGGAUGCCUAUGCGGUGUUCGGCUAUACGAUCCCGCUCCAGGCGGAUAGCGAGUUGACUCAAGGCAAGAACAUGGUGGACGCGUGCCUUGCUAAUCACGUUCCACUCUUCAUCUGGUCAUCCUUGCCCAGCUUGUCAACACUUUCGCACGGGAAGGUCGAUUAUGCCCUCAUGGAGCAGAAAGCCGAAAUCGACAAGUAUCUCAAGGAGGUCGGCCAGCCAACAGUGAUUUUAUACACAAGUAUGUUUUCUGAGAAUUUAUUGAAUCAGAAUCAACUCAAAGCCAUUUCCCCAAAAAAGUGGGAGAUCCAAUAUCCGAUCGUUCCUGCAGAUAUGAAGCAAGCAUUCUCGUAUAUUGACCAAGACAUGGGCAGUACAGCCAGGGCUGUGAUCGAUCACUGGACUGAAGCGAGCUGGAGGGAAGCGUUAACCAAGGAGCCGAUUCCAAUGUGUUCCUAUAAAGUCACGGGCGCUUAUAUGGCAGAGACUAUCACCCAGAUUAGCGGAGAAACGGUCACCUAUGAAAGACAAACCGACACAGUCCCGGAAGCGCUCAGAAAAAUAUGGGAAUUCUUGGUGGAGUCCUGGAAUUAUCCUGACCCGAUUCCUCCCAAGAUAUUGGUAGAUUUGGGUGUUAAGUUCCACUCGUUCGAAGAUUUCGUUCGAGAGAUGGUCCUCCCUUUUAUGGCACGCGUGGACACGGGAAAGAGUGUCGGGGCACAUUGACGUCAAGCACAGACUCAUCGUCGGUAU